CUGCUUUUGACAGAGUUGAGACAUUUCAGAGUGAGUCUGCUGUGUUCCCUAUGGUGUGCCGAGAUAAGAAGACACUAAACAUAAAAAGGGAAUACAGGAAAGACAGAAAUGGCAUUUCUGAGGACUUCACUUUGUGCUGUCAUCAUGGUGACUGUGGUGCUGUCUAAACCAGUCUGUGUGAGUGACUGUGAGGAUUCAUCCAAGUCAUCAGAGUCCGCUGAGUCAAAUUCAUCAGAGGAGGCUGUCUCUCACGUUGAGCCUUCUCCAGACCCCCUGCAGCCAGCGUUUACAGGGACAGAUGAGACCGUCUCCCCGGUCACUGCAGCCCUGCUCCCCUCUGCAGAUGCAGGACCUCCUCCAACCACGCCCGAUACCUCAGCCCUGCCCAACCCAGAGCACCCACAAACGUCCACUGACACAGAGGCUCGGCAGCUCGUGCCAGAUGAUCCUUCACAAACUGCUCAGGGAGUAGACAUCUCUCAGAACAUGCCUGUGUCUGAUCCUGCACAUGUCUCGGUUCACUCUGACACUGUGCACGCCGUACCAGACGCAGAGGUCUCACUGCACCCAGGGCUCACAGACACGGGUACUACCAUAACUGUUAGUGGCACAAAUCAACCACAAGUCACCACCACAUACCAGAGAUUCCCCCAGAGUGCCACUCCACCCUCUCCUCCACACAUCAUCAAACCAACACCUACACCAUUCUCCAGAGCCCCGCCCCUGCCGAUCGCUUUAGGAACCGCCCUGCCUGGUGUUCCUGUUUGUUUCACUUUCCAGUUCCCGACCCAAGAGCCGGACCCACCCAGAGGAGAUAGCAUUUAAACCUACCGGGAACAGUUAAACAUUUUAGUUUAAGUUCAGGCUGCUAGUUCAGCUCAAUAAGUACUUCUGUCUUAAUUUGUUAAAAUUGUAAUAUACAAAUAUGAAGACUUUAACUGUCUUUUACGUCCAUUUAUCAUUUCUUUCAUCAGCCAUCACUUAUGUUAUAAUGGUGCUAGUGUACAUUGACACCUCUUAUGAGCAGCUGAGAAUGAAAAUAUAAUGUGAUUAAAUAUUCUUAAGUUUAACUCUUUGUAACUUGA